GCUGCCAUGCUAUCCAAUAUAAGAGUUUACAUGUUUUUUACUUGCACAUGUUAACAAUGUAUGCAUGUGUGACACAGUUUAAAAUAAGGUAUUUAUGUUUAUGUGCAAAACUCAGAUACCAUUCCUGUUUCCUCCUCAUCUGACUGAAUAGAUGCAAAAAUCAGAAUGCUCACUUUUUGACACAUAUCAAAGAUCUGUGACACUGAAUAAAAAGAAAAAAACACAUAUCAAAGAUCUGUGAUACUGAAUAAAAAGAAAAACACACAUAUCAAAGAUCUGUGACACUGAAUAAAAAGAAAAAAAAAUAUCAAAGAUCUGGGAUAAUCUGAAAAACUUUGGCAGCUUGGCAGCGAGUAUAUCGAAUAACAUGAAAGAGGAAAAGAAAUGCAUUUUACAGGCCAAGUGACAUCAGGGGACAAUCUUACCGACAAGGUCAUGGAUAAUCUAACAACUGUCCACUCAUCUGGAUCCAUGACCUGUUGAUUUAGGACUAAAUCUAAGCCACUUGUGAUGGAUUUUCAAAACAAGUUCAAUGGCAACCACAAUUUGCAUUUGAAAUGCCCAACUAAAGAGUUACUUGACUAUUUGGAUAUGUUUUUUUGUUUGUUUUUUUUUUUUAAAUAAGAUUGUAAACAAUAGUUAUGGUGUCUGAGAUCUUUCAUAAAAUAAUCUAAACCAGGUCUCUGUUAACAUUUAAUCAAAUAUUGAUUUUCCUUGUUGUUGUUAUUUUAAAAUAAGCUCACACACAGCAGUUACAACAGCAACAUGCUGCUUACACAGUGAUGUUUCAGCAUUAAUAAUCUAAUUAUGUUCAUUAUAAUAACAUAUUAGUAUGAGGGAACAGUGAAGCUCAAUCUAAAAUACUUUUAGCUAUAUACUCAGUCUAAAUUUUACUAUGUUUUGUGUUAGUUUUUAGGUUAUUUUGGUUUGAUUUUAAUUACAUUUGAAGUAAGAAGUAGUUAUUUACUUGUGAUUUUUUUUUCUCCCUCCUAAUAUAAUUUUUUUAAUUAAAACAAAUGCAAGAAGAGUACUAGUGUUUUAAAAUACAUCAAUAACACCAUCGUUUUAAGCAGAAGCUGCCACAUCCACUACAACUCUGUAAGAAUAUUAACUAUUUAUGUAUGCUUAGGUGGAGAAUGCAGCUGAUUUAACCACUGGUUUAGAGACGAUAAAAUAAGAAAAAGAAACUACAGACACUUUUUGGCCACUAGAGGGUGCUACAUGGCAGUGAAUCCAGCUCCAUUUUAUCAGCUUAUUCUAUCAAUAAGCAGGGAGAUUUUCCUUCAAAUUUAAAAUUACAACAAAGCUGGAUGAAUGUUAAUGAGAUAAGAUGUCAGAUUGCUGGCUGUCUGUGGUAUAUUUGCUGUUCAGAUUCAACCAGGUGAUAAGUGUAAACAACAGUUAGCCAACAUUUUAAGCAGAGAUAAACCAUAUAUUCACAGUGCGUAUGGACAGACACAUUUUAUUGAUUCAAUCUGGGAUUGCAAGCAUGAAGGAUCAGUAGCUGGUUUUGUAAGAGAUUAAAGAUGAUGAAACUAGGUGAAGCAAAAAUGUUUUCUGUUUUAUUGUUGGUCUAAAUGGGGGUCUCACUGAGACCUACCGAGAAGGUAGCACUAAAAAGGUGCCACAGCACAACCAAAAAAAUGUUAACCAUUUUAACUAUAUUAUAUCUAAAGGAUUUGAUGUGUUUUGUUUAUUUGUUUUUCAACCCACAAGUAGACACAAUCUAAUGAAAUGUCUGUGACUUAUGCAUUAGGUCAACUUAACAAAGGUGUAGCACUACAGCUCCCUUUUCAUGUAAUGUCAUAUGUCAUGGUUAUAUUAACUUCCAAAAAUUUAGUGAGUACUUACUUGCUGCAUCUUGAAUUAGUUUCUGUGAAACAAAUGCAUAAAGUAUGCUAAUGCUGUGUGAAACUUUUAUAUCAAGAAUGUCCAAAGUUGGUCCUUGAGAGCCGCUAUCCUACAGGUUUUGGAUAUUUCCUGCUGCAGUACACUUGAAUCAGAUUAACAAGUCACCAUGCUUGGGCAUGGUGUUAAGGUGAGCCGCUUAAUGUGGUGUAAAAGUUGUUCUGGAUCAGGGGAACACCUGAAACCUACAGGAAUUCGGCCCUUGAGGACCGGAGCUGGACACCCCAAUUUAGAUCCUGAGGGAACUUUUAGGAGGUUAAUCUGUUUCUAAUAAUGAGUAAAAUUCCAACUUGGAUGAGAAAUUAGCAGGACAAGCUCCUGGCAAGAGGCUGUUGUGAGUGUUUAGCAGUAUAUAAUUACCAAAAACUACCAAAUACCACCAUCCACCAUUGAUGGAAGAAGUAUAUGAUGCCGAAGCACUCCCUCUUAUCACCACUCGCACAUUAUUUAUUUAUAAGGGAGUCAGGGCUCAUUUUAGUCCAUGAGCAAUGGAUUUUUCUCAUGCAAGUAUAAAUUGGACUGUGUGCAAAGUGUGUCACACAUAGCCAUUAAAGGCAUUCCUCAGAAAGGGUCAGGGCAGUCAUCAGUAUACUAUGUUCCACCUGGGUGUCAGCAUCAAGCCAGCCAUCCUCAAGCAACAGCUCAUCCUCCAUGUCUCCACUGAUAACAAGCAGGAACACAGCUCAACUAAGCAGAAAUGGAGGACCAGGGAUUAAAAGACACAAGACUAUCAGAGGAACUGGUGGAAGUAAAAGUGGAUGUACACUCUGAAGAUGUGGACUUCAUCCAUGAUGAUGUAAGACCUCUGAUUCACAACAGGGAUCCCAAAAGAGUCAACAGCAAUCUAAAGGUCAUGUUUGAGGAUGUGAUUGCAGAACCCCCCUCUGUGCGAAGCUUUGAUAAAGUUUGGCUGUGGAGUCAUGCCCUGUUUGAGGUGUCCAGACUGUGGUGCUACCGCUUCAUCUCCCUCCUGCUGGCAGUGCCGGUGUCACUGGCAGCAGGGCUCCUCUUUGCUGUGCUCAGCUGCCUUCACAUCUGGCUGAUCGUGCCCUGUGUGCAGCUCCUUCUCAUCAAUAUGCACUGGAUCCAGGCUGUGUGGGCUAGCAUACUGAACAUUUUUGUCAGUCCUUUCUUUACCAGUCUUGGAAAGUGCUGUGGUCAAAUCACUAUCCAUCUGACAAAGGAUGAAAACAGAUAGAACCAAAUAUUUACACUGUGUGUAAAUUUAAACAGAAGGUACAGAGAAAAGUGGUGGCACGUUGAUUUAGGUUUUGUCUUAGAGAUAAUUUAUGCUAACUGUUCUGUAUUUAUGUGCACCUGUCAUGAUAUUUUGCACACUGACAUAUUCAUCAUGUUUUACAUUUUGAUAACAGUGAGGUUCAUAGCUUCUUGCACACCUGCAAUGGAUGGAAACGAGUGUGGCAACUGUGCAGCACACAACUACAAAACAACUAAACAAUGUAUGUGUUAAUCUGGAAAACCCAGAAAUUUUGAUGUAACUGUAUUAAGAGACUAACAGGGCUUAAGAGUGCUAGCAGAGCUACUGAGCAGGUCUUUUUAUGGACUAAUAUGUGCUUGAGACAAGCUAAAUUACUGCUGUCAUGGUGCUGCUACAGAAUUAACAUUGCAAAUAAAUUCAAUAAAACAUUACUGAUGCUCAAUCUUUAAUUGAUUAUGUGUCUGUUUCACUAAUGGAAUGUAAAUGACUUUUGUAUAUUUAAUUGAAAC